AUGAAAAAACAAGUUGGGGGAGCAAUAGGCAAGAGUGUAGGUCAUGCUUUUUCCACCUUACCUAAAACUUUUUUUGGCGGUCGUGGUCAUUAUAGUGAGGACAAAUUUGUUUAUCAAUUGAGAAGAAGUCAUAAAGUCUACCAUCGAACUGUCAAAGAUUUUUUUGAAGGAUUUAAAGGGGAAUUGACUUUUGGCUUUCAAAGAGAAGGAAGUCAUACCGAUUUUGAUUUAACCCGAACGGAAGAAAGCGGAACUCUUCCGGUAGGCCGGGAAGGAGGCUAUACAAUAGGGAAGCCUACUAUAUCUGCUCCUAAUGCCGAGCGUAAAGAUUUUGAUGGUUCUUUUGAUUAUGGUGGAGGCUACACAGGGGGUGGAAAUGGCUAUCUUUGCCAAUAUCGAGAAGGAGCCAGUGAGAAAAUAAAACUAAAUUGGUCUGAUUAUCAGGCUUACAAAAAUAAGCCUUAUCAAAAGAUCGCUUUCGGGAAGCCCGAUGAAGAAUAUCGUUUCGGCACAGGUAGUGGAACUAUUGUUUGCCGAUACAUGAAAGGUGAUAGUGAUGAGGAGGAAAUUUACCAAGCUGACGACCCCGAACAUACCACUUGGAUAUUAAAAAAAGAUCUCGACAGAUAUAGCGAUGGUAUUUGUUUGUUUAAAGAAGUUAAGGGGAUUAAAAUAUUAACUCAAAAAGUGGAAGUUGAUUUUAAUAGUUUAAAUUUGCAAUUUACUGUUAAUAUUCAAGGUUUCUCCGGCAUAGAAGCCCAAGUUUUAAGUAGUGGCGGAAUGAUGCUGCCAGACACCAAUACUUUAAAUACUAACCAAUUACAAAUGCCGACUCAGAUUCAAAGUAUGGUAAAUACCGAACAAAUUUUUGUCCCGUUAGAAAUGCCCCAACUUACCCCUUUACAAAACAUGAUGGAUAUGAACCAACAAUAUUUACAAAAUAAUAUUAGCCAGCAAGAAAAUAUUCAUCAAAACGAAUACUUAAAAGAAAUAGAAAAGAGAAAAACAGUUUAUCAAGAAAAAUAUUAUCCUGCUAGUGGUCGCUGUUUUGUUUAUUCUUUUCAAGAAACUCGCUAUAAAGAUUUGUUUACUCCAGUUGCCACUAUUCUCGCCCCAAAAGAAAUAGAGGAGACUAAAAAUUUACAAGAUAAAGUAAAAAAAUUAAAUGCCGAGAUAAAUGAGUUAAAAUCCAAAGUAGACAAAGAUGGAAAACCUUUUGCUUCGCUAACUAAUUUAAGAACUGAAUUAGAUGAAUUAAAAAAAGAAAUUCAGUUGGCUGGAAUAAAAAAAGAAAGUUUUGAGGACUUAAAAAAACAAAAUCAGGACUUAUUAAAGAAAAUCCAUGAAGCAGAAGCCGAACCAUAUAUUCUUCAUGCUCAACCGGUAAAAAAAAUAUCAGAAAUAAUUAGUAAACAAUUAGAAGUAAAGCAAAAAGAACUCGAUAAUUUAAAAAACAAAACACUUAAAGAGACCAAGCAAGAAAAUAAGAGAGUUGAAUUAAUAAAUGGUUAUUUGAGAAAGAAAAUAAAAGGAGAAGUUUUAUCAGAAGUAGAAGAGACAGUAUUAGAUAUAUUAGAAAACAAAAGUGGCGGUAGAGAAUUAGAAAUUAACAGAAUAAUAGGUGGAAAAGAAGUAAAAGUGAAGUUAAAAUUAGACAGUUGA